AGUGUUGUGAGCGUGUCUGUGGAAGAGCAGUUGUCCUCAGCAGCAGUCAACAGAACAGUGAAGUUCACACAGACAGAUUAGUGGCCGUCCCUUCCUUCAGCUGGUAUGUUGUCCAACAGGUUUGAACAGUUGUCAGUCUCAGGAUCAACAACACAACACUGCGCCCCGGCAGUUACAACGCAACGCAGCACAAGGAAGUUCCAUUUUAGAUGAUAUUGGUUCUUCUUAAAUCUGGAAAUCUAGAAGAAUAAGUGGCGUCUUUCGUCCAGAGAGCUUUUUUACAGAUGGAGCGAACUGCAGCCACAUGGGGCAUCACUGUUGUUGUACGGUUUUUUGCUUCACUGGCAGCCCUUUCAGCGGUGUGUACUCCACUGGUGUCCUUGCUGCACACAGCCCGCUGCUCGGUCCCCUACAGACCCGGCCGAGGGGACCCAGUGUUUGUUGAAGGGCCGCCAGCAGCAUCCUUCCUGUCCCGCUCACUGCUCUAUAAUAGUUGGGACUUUGAGCUGGUUGUGCGUGACAAUCUGGAGAGGGAGUGCUUGGAAGAGCAGUGCAGCUAUGAGGAGGCCAGAGAGGUUUUCGAGGACGACGCUCAGACGGAUCUAUUUUGGACCACAUAUAUCAACAAUCAAGAGAAUGCACCCAGAGUGGAUGUGUCGGGGCUGGUGGCUGGAAUCUUGGCUGUGCUAGUGACCGCUGUUAUUGCCACUGUGUUGGGAAUCUACUGCUACAAAGCCAAGAACAAGGGUGGACAGAGAGCUCCAGUGAGAAUGGCAGCAGAUAUGCAUCCAUUACCAGAAACGGUGCCGCUGGCUGGGAUCGUUGCUCCAGGUCUGCCCAGCUACAACGAGGCUCUGACUCGCAGUGGGCAGCAUGAUGCCCCACCACCACCCUAUUCCGGGGGUGCGCCAUCAGAGCCUGCUGAUCCUGGAGAGGAAUGAGGCGGCUGGCAGAGCCUCUGUAUAAUGCCUGAUGGACUCUGGUGGUUUGAGUGAACUUUUAAUUAUUGCUUGUUUUUUAGUACAUUCUAUUUAUGAGUGAAGUUAAAACACUGAUCCUGGCUGGACACUGCUGACAGUAUGAUGUGCAUAUUGACUUGCCAGUAGUCUGUCCACUACAGACGUGAGGCUUUAAAGUGGGUGCAGCUGAGGGUGGGGUUCAUUUUUGUGGUUGUACUGUACACCCAACUGUGCUGUGUACAUUUGAGCAGAGUCAAAUAAGACAAUUCAUAAAGGAUAUUGGUUGUUCAAAAAGUCGGGCACAAUAUAUGAGCUGUAAUAAAUUACAUUCCAAUGUA